AUGUGCCCUUAAUUUCUUUUCUUUCCCUAUGACAUAUAAGCACCAAUCCUUUAUUUGUAGGGGUUGAUGUGCCAGUGGUCUCCUUCCUGAAGCUACCAGAUCUGUGAACAGUCACUGAUACUGCUCCACCUAGACUAGUGAACAGGGUCAGAGCCAUAUAUGACUAACCUGUCUAAUUUGCCUAACUGAAAAAAAAUGCAUUUCUUUUAUGCUUAUCUUGCUGAAUGAAGAAAAAAGGUCAUGAUGAAAGCACAGGAAAAUCAAUCAAUACAAAAAAAAUGAACUUUAUAGGGAAGUUGCUAAUACAAGAAGCCUGCUGCAAUCCUUUAUUAUUGCAUUAAUCUUUUCUUACAGCUACAAAAAUGGGGGAUUUUCCAUGGCAAAGUGCAAUGCUUAGUAUAAUUAUUAUAGCUGCUGUCCACAUAGAAGCCAAAACCACACAGAAGCCACAUGCAAAGUUUACUAAGAUAAAGGUUCCUGAAGUGGAGGUCACUGAAGGAUUCGACACAUCCAUUGUCCCACCCACCGGUGAAAGCUCCUUUCCAGAAAUCUCAGAAAUGACAACAGAUUUGUCCACUCUGCACCCUGCCUUCAGGACGGCCACCACUCUGUUUCCUUUUGAAAACUUUACCCUUGACACAGCUGAUUUCUUCUUUAAUUGCUGUGAUUGCUGUACCCCUGUAUCGGGUCAGAAAGGGGAACCAGGAGACCAUGGACUGCCAGGUCCUAAAGGAGAGACAGGGGAUGCAGGCCUUCAAGGUUUACCAGGAAUUCCAGGAUUUCAAGGUCCAAAAGGCUUCAAAGGAGAAAAGGGAGAUAAAGGAGAACAUGGUGACCAAGGAACAAAUGGAAUUCCAGGGUAUCCAGGCAAACCAGGAGAACCAGGUGAAACUGGAGCUAAAGGUGAUAAAGGAAACCAUGGCCCUCCCGGCAUUAAAGGACAAAAAGGAAUAAAAGGGGACACUUGUGAUAACGGAACCAAAGGAGAGAAGGGAGAUAAGGGAGAGCUGGGGUUACCAGGGUUAGAUGGGGAAAAUGGAGAUAAAGGAGAAAAGGGAGAUAUGGGUGAAAAGGGGCAUUGUGGAGAGCCAGGGGAGAGAGGGGAAAAGGGGGACAAGGGGGAAGUUGGAAUGAAAGGUGAAAAGGGCAGCAAAGGAGAUAUUGGAAUUGAGGGUAUUCAUGGUACAGAUGGGGAACAAGGAGAAAAGGGUGCACCUGGCAGUAAGGGUGAAAAAGGGGACUUAGGGCCACUUGGUAUGAUGGGACCUCUUGGUCCAAAGGGAAUUCCUGGGAGCAAAGGAGCCCGGGGAGCUCCUGGAAAGAAAGGUGCCAGAGGUGUCAAAGGUUCCAAGGGUGACAAUUCAAAAGUCCCAAGAUCAGCUUUCAGUGCUAGCUUGUCAAAGGCUUUCCCACCCCCAAACAUGCCUAUUAAAUUUGACAAGAUUUUGUACAAUGACCAGGAGGAUUAUAAUCCUUCCACAGGGAAGUUCAACUGCAGCAUUCCUGGAGCAUAUGUCUUCACUUAUCACCUGACAGUCAGAGGUCGGCCCGCUCGAAUAAGCAUUGUGGCACAAAAUAAAAAGAUGGUCAAAACUCGGGAAACCUUGUAUGGUCAAGAAAUAGAUCAGGCAUCUUUCUUGAUUAUUUUGAAAUUAAAUGCAGGGGAUCAGGUUUGGUUGGAAGUAGCACGGGAUUGGAAUGGGGUUUAUGUCAGUGCUGAGGAUGAUAGCAUAUUUACGGGCUUUCUUUUGUAUCCAGAUGAUGUUUUUGAGACUCUAGUAUAAACCUGUGGUGUUAAACACAUUUUCAAGAGACAUUUCUUUAACUCUGACUGUCAAAAAAGGAGAAAGGAAGUGUCACUUUAGUGAAUUAGAUUUCAUAAUCUUUUUAUAAAAAUAAUUUAUUUGUAAUAAACUGAUUAAUUUUAACUAAACGGACCGAAGAGGUGGAGCCUGCUUCUCUGCAAGUGCUAAUUGCUAUGAUCACACAUAGAAAUAUUACUCAAGUGCAAAGAGACAGGGGUCUUCACAAUCCUGCUAGAGGACUGACUUAUUAAAAUUACACAUUGAUAUUCAUGGUGUUAGAUCAAGCCAAAUCUUGCAGUCCUUACACAGUCAAAACUUGUAUGGGAGUCACCAUUGAAGAUACUGAAUUUUGGGGGUUUAGAUAAGGAUUGUAGCAUUUGACUCAUAAAGAUUAAUCAGAUACAAUUGCAAGUAACAGGUUUCUCCAAAUCAUAUUAAUAGAUUGGAAAGUGUUUGCUCAUCAAACCAGACUUAUGUAGUGCUUUCUACAUGGUAAUGCAUGAAAUAAAUGUUUGACGUAGGCUUUUACACUGAUUGAACAACGUUGAUAUAAUAUAUCUGUUCAAAUUACUAUUGUACUUAUGAGACCUUAGUAUCUUUGUAACAUUCAAAAAUAAAUUAAGAUGAUUGCUUAACCUA